AUGAGAUACUCAACCGUGAUUUUAACUUUAGUUGCCUCAUCUGUAAUUAAUGCUGCUCCAUUAGCGGUUAGAGACGAUGCAACACCGAGCCAUGACCAAACCAGUUUUGCUGGUACACCAACCACUGCUGAACCUGAACUUCCAACCACUGUUGCUUCUGAUUCCACUGUUGCUUCAGGCUCUGCUGUUGAUGCUGUUACAAGCUUUGAAAGUACAACCAGUGCAACUUCAUUGAUCACUGAUGCACCAACUGAAGACGAUGAUCCACGUACCAACGACCCCAACUUCUGGAGCUCAAUGUGGGGCGGUUAUGCCAUAGACGACGAUGGUAAUACCUUGUCUGCAAAGACUACAUUUGAUCCUUAUGAUGGUACCUGGUCUUAUCACCGUAGAUUUUAUAUCACUCGUAGUCCAUUGGGUGUGGUGGGUAAGAUGAUGUUUCUUGCUGCUACCAAAAAGGACGAUGGAAGUGAGGAAGAUGAAUAUGUUGAAGCUGUUCCUACUUAUUCGGCUUGA